AAUCAUUCAGCAGCGAGGAAAAAAGAGGUGCAUCUUAAUAGCAGAAAAAGGAGGGGUGUUGCAAAACCUAAAGACAGGAGCAGAAUGUCAGAACUUGAAAAUGCAAUGAUAACAAUUAUUGAGGUGUUUCACAAGUAUUCAGGGGCCAGAGGAGAUAAGUGCAUGCUGAAGAAAUUGGACCUGAAAAUGCUGGUCAACAAAGAGCUACCCCACUUCAUACAGGAAAUUAAAGACCCAGCAACACUGGACAAACUGUUUACAGAUCUGGAUACGAAUGAAGAUAUGGAGAUUGAUUUCCAAGAGUACGCCAGUUUGGUAGCAAUGGUUACAUCAGCGUGCCACCAGACAUGCAUCCAAAAGUGAUCACACCUUCUGCCAUUUUUGAAAUCAACACUGAUUUGUAAAAGUGUGGUAUAUACUAUUACCUUUUUUUGUUUUUAAGCAGUGUUUAUUGAGAAAGCACAAUAUGUACUGAUGCCUCCCUUUUUUAUUUAAAGUUUUUAUUUUGGCUUCUCUGUUAACCUCAGAAUCUAGGCUCUGCAUAUUAUCCAUUUAGCCUUUUGCAUUCUUAUUGAUGGAGAAGCCUUGUGUGGCAGAACCCCUUAUGCCAUAAAAAUGCAGAGUCAGCUUUUUUAACUUCUGCCUUACCCACUGAAACCCUGCACACCUUAGGCACAUUCAUGCAUUGAUCUUAUCUUCUAAAUGCAAUUCCAUCUGUGGGCCUGGGAUACAUGAAGGUCGAAUUGCCUUAACAUUUUCCUUAUCAUGCAGCAGGAUGCCUGACUUUACUGAGGGUUUACUGUCAAAGUAGUAACAUGUCUCUCCCAUUAGCCACUGUUACUUAUACUUCCCAGCUGCCCCUCUGGCACCCUUAAUCAAACCCUGGUUGCUAGAGGUACAGACAUAUGCGUGCACUGCCCCUGCACUGUUUGACUGCUUUUUUUUUUUUUUUUAACUCAUGGCUGACAGUAUGUACAGAUCUUGUGAAUAUAUGAAAAUGCUAAUGGAAGAAGACUUGUAGCCUGUUAAGUGCAUCCGAAUGUGACAUUUGCAGCAGAACUAGUUCCACAUGCAUAUACUUGUGAGAGCACACAAAUAAGCGUACCAUUUCAUUCUUCAGAUAAGUGAAUGUCAAGCACAACUUUUACAAUGCCGAGCAGGUAAUUACAUUGAAAAUUGUGUAAAAGUAAAAAUGUUUUUCUUUUCAAAAAAAAAAUCUAUAUUAAAGGGUUUAAUAAGUGUAUAAUGUUUAGAACUUAUUUCACUUCUGUUUUGUUGACCCCCACCCCGAGUAACACUAACACCAACAACCACAUGCUGUGGCACAUGCUUCUGGCAUGACUCCACCUCUUGAUUCUCCACAGUAAGGGUAAGGAAUUAGGGACAUUGUCAUGUGAUACUCUCACUAUAAAUCCAAAGCCAUUCAAUUGCUUCUUGACUAUCUAGAGUUGUUUUCAGAAGGAGUAUUUGUGCUUCUGAUCUAAUAAUACAUGGAAUUAGAAAAUGGGCCACAUGAAAAUCUGUCAAAAGGAGGACUCAAUACUUUCAGCAGUUCUUAGUCUUUAUGAAAAGAUUUGACCGCCAUCUGGUGGAUGAGAAGAAGAAGUGCAACAAGAUAUCACAGCUAAUAUAGGAUAGGACUAGAAUCUGACAUAAUCAGGUAUACCUACAUCUAUUGGCUGUAAAUACAUAAAAAGUGUGAAAUAUAACAGUACUUGCUAAAAUGUGAUGCCAGUAUUUCAACAUAACUAUAUUAGCUGUGCAAAAUUGCUGGGAUGAUACAUACCAUAGCUGCUGAUUUUUGGAGUCUUCACCAUUUAAUUUUUCAUUUUAAAUAAAGGAUAUAUUUUACAACA